GUCGGGGGAUACAACGAGCAUGGUCGAGUUGGUCGUGUGGCAGUCCGUGGUGAUCGCGCUCAUGCUGGCGGCGGGCUUCGGAGUGUCGGCAUUCCGUCUCUUUACGAUCCCCCGUGUGACGUAUCGCGUCCAAGUUCCCCUGCCUUCCAAGUCGAUCCCGUUGUUGGUGUUUCGUAUUGCCACGUUUUCGUUUUUCGUGGUGGUGCUGUUGCUGCGGCUGGCUGAGAGCAACUUGGACGACCUCUUUUACUACACGUACUGGAACUUUACGAUCCAAAUCAUAUACUUGGGGUGGGCCAUCGUGUACCAAGUGCAGAUUUGGUUUCAACCCUCGCCAACCCACGCGAACGGGGCCCUCAACGCUGCAUUCGAUGUGGUGCUCACGUCAUGCGCGGUGGUGUGUACUGUGUACUGGCUGGUUCUGUACAACCCAGCGCAUGUGACUCCCUGGACCACGUACGUCGUGCAUGGGGUGAACCUCGGACUCUUGUCGGUCGAGUUUGCCUUCAACGAACACCUUGUCCAGAGAUACAACCUCAAGUUCGUCGUCAUGUGGCCAGCCUUGUACGGGUCUGUGACGUGGAUCACCAUGGCCACUGGACUCAACGACUUGUGGCCCUACGCCCUUCUGGACGUCACACAACCCUUGGCCCCCCUCAAAUGGUUUGGGAUUGUCGCCGGCCAUGCCGUCUUUUUCGGCCUUGUGCUACUUCUAUCGUCCCUGAAGUUCCGAGUUGUGGGUGAAACUACUGCAGCUGUGGACUCCAAGACGGAUGAAAAUCUGAAGAUCCAAGUAGUGCCAACCUCCUUGGUGUAGGACUUCGCAGUGCAAAUCAGCUAACGUUUUGAUAGCUAAAUGAGUAAUAUUAUUCGUU